CGUCGACGUCGUCCCUGUUCGGGACGUGUCCAGGGCGAGGGUGAAGACAGGCACGAGGGAAAGGGGGACGUCCUCGGGCACGCGUGCUCACGCACGCACGCAGGUCGCGCGCCCCUUUUUUGCGGAAGCCGAAAAGCCUCGGUGCAGCCUCCGCUUCCCGCGCAGCGCGCCGCCGGGGAGCGCGCGCGCGUCCAGAAAUUGGACUUGUCGCUUGCAGCAGCAGCGGAUGCUGCUUCUUUCUAUGCGCUCGAAUUCUUCCCUCGCCGCGGUGCGGUCUCUUCAGCGCCGGCUGACGCCGCGGCCGCUGCUGCCUCUGACGUUGGCCAUAUAAAAAGGGAUCGCGGACAUCGCGCGGCCAUGUCGGCAUCGACGUCCCAGGCGCCCCCGCACUACCGGCACCCCCAGCACCGGGCCACCGCUGGCCAUCAGCAGGCGCACUUCCCCGAAGACUUCGGCGUCGCGGCGGCCGAGUUCCCGGCCUACGAGGAACUGGCCGGGUUCCCGUGCGUCUCUUCGUCCAGCGGUGGAGGCUCGUCUUCGGCGGCGGCCGGCGCUGCUAGAGGAUCGACGCCGCACCCGAUGCGCCUUGAAAACGCGGCAGGAGAUAGGGACUCGCCCGGAUCGCCGUCCUCGGCCGAACUGCAGAGGCCCGCGUGCGAGUUCGCCGCCAGAGCCGGGCCACUACCACCGCAGACACUGCCCUAUCCGACCUGCCUGGCUGGCGGAGGCGCCGGGCCGGCCUCGGCGGACGGCUUCUGCUACGAGUACGGCGCUAGCGGCGGCGCUCCCAUCGGCGGCGGCCCGCUGCCGUGCUCGGCGGGUGUACCGGGCUUCGCGGGUCCGUACAAGGUGCAGCGCCGGGCGGCCAACAUCCGGGAGCGGAAGCGCAUGAUGAGCAUCAACACGGCGUUCGAGGAGCUGCGCUGCCACGUGCCCACGUUCCCGUUCGAGAAGCGCCUGUCCAAGAUCGACACGCUGCGGCUGGCCAUCGCGUACAUCGCGCUGCUGCGCGAGGUGCUCGUCUCCCAGUACGACCCCCUGACGCACAUCGAGAAGUGCCUCCGGGGAGAGCUCAAGGGCGAGCACGCCGCCGAGUGGAACACCUCCGAUCUGACAGCGCGCCUGUCCUGGAUCAACUGGGAGAACCUGGGCGUCAACCCGAACCGGAGGAGCGUUCUCACCACGCUCACCCUGACCGCAGACACCAUCGGCUGCCACAACGGAACCCAGUGAUGAUCGUGCCAUCUUGCGGUUUAGCCGCCGUGUGUCCGCGCCUCGCUGACUGCUGACCCUCCUCCCCCUUCUUUCUCUUUCUCUCUCGUGGACCACCGUCCCGACACCUCUUAGCACCCAAUCUCGUGUUCGGUGACAGUGGACCUGCGCUCCGAGAUCCGAAGACUGCAGUAGUGGCCGCCGCCCCAGUUGAGAACUGUGUCCUCUUACGGUGACGAUUCAGUGCGCGCGUUGAAAGAGUAUCGGUUUCUUUCGUGCUCGAUAGGCGUGGUAAGCAUCCUUUCUCGGAGCAUCAACUUUUGCCAAUGUCGAUGGUACAGUGUAGACACGGUGCAGACACGUGUAGCGCAAGCUUUGGAUAAGAUGACGGUCAACGAGAGGGAUUCCCUGUGGUGUCGGAGUUGGGACUAUGCCGUUUUGGACAAGUAAGACUCUUGUCCGGAAAGUGAGAAGGCCAAAGUCAUCCGUUUGUUGACUGUUGUAAGGAGAGUGCCGGUAUCAAGAAACAGCGAAUCACUCCUCAAUGUAUUGACGAGUUUCCAAAGGCGGGUUUGGUCAGACUGGUUAGUUCACCCAAGCAGUCAAUGUAGACUCCCUGUCAGAAGCGCUGUUGCGAUUGGUUCAUGGGGAAGAAUCUCUUUAUUUCUAGGUUUACGGCUUAUACCUUCACUGAACGAGUGAAAAGACUCAAUUGCUAACCGAUGUCUUUUGAAUUCAUAUUAGCAUCGUUUCAAAUCAAUCUGCUGAACUUUUACGACUGCCACACCAAGGUUUAGGUGAGGCCUGAAAUGUCCUUUUGUGUUCCGCGCAUUAUUCGGGAUGCGACUUAGAAGUGUGCCGUUCCACAAAUUACUUAUUCUAGUCAUAAUUGAUCCGUAUUUAUUAUGUCGUAAGAAUAGCCAACUUUCUAGUCAUUAACAUUCUUUAACACAAAAAUACUUUCAUACCAGUUCUUUCAUUAUAUACGUAAGUCUGUAGGUAUUUCCUUCUUGCCUAACAAGUUCAAAAGCAAACGCAUGACUGUGUUGGUCAAAAAAGUAAUUUUUCGCUUAUGUUUGUAUUUCAAUGUCAUCACAAUUUUUUGCGUACGUCAAUGAAAAUUACCAUAAAACCACUGUAAGUGAUAUUUCUUGCGCGGUCCUAUUUGUUUUGGGCGUGUACAUGAUUAUCCGCGGUCAUAGGUACUGAAGUGUCUGGAUAAGUUUUGCUAAAUGGGCAGUUUGUAUAGAACCUCUGAAACAGUGCAAUAUUGUGGAAACUGUGAGAGAAUAAACUGCAUCUGCCUGAUUUUGGUUGACAA